UAACAACAACAGCGCCAUUUUCAUCGCUGGAGGAGGCGGGCCGCUGGGAUGUCCCUCGGUAAACAAUGACAGCGCAGUGAGAAGUAGGUCAAGCAGCGACAUCUGCGAGACUCCCGAGAAAACAACACAUAAACACAGAAAUCCGCCCUCGUUCGACUCCAAUGCGUGUGCCCUGCGCCGCUCGGAUGUGUUCAGCUCCCGGUCCUGGUUAACGUUCAGACCACUUCUCAGGAUUUGGAUUAUUUUUCACUGUUUGCGAGCGAUCUGAGUGGAGAUAACACGAGCAACGCGCAAAACAGGUCAUUUGGGAUCCGCAGCAGCGCACUCUCACAGGCCCUCGAGAAUGAAAAGGAGGUUGAGCAGAGAGCGUGAGGACAGCCCCUCAUCCUGCGAGGGGCCGACGGACUCCUGCAAGAGGGUCAGACAGCCCACAGAGGACUCUGGAGAUCUGCCGCCCGACUGGGCUCGCCUGCCGCAGGAGAUCCUGCUCCACAUCUUCCAGUUCCUGCCUCUCCUGGACCGCGCCUUCGCCUCGCAGGUCUGCCGCGGCUGGAACGAGGCCUUCCACAUGCCCGAGCUGUGGAGGUGCUUCGAGUUUGAGCUCAACCAGCCCGCCAGCUCUUACCUGAAGGCCACCCAUCCAGACCUGAUAAAGCAAAUCAUCAAGAGGCACUCCAAUCAUCUACAGUACGUCAGCUUCAAGGUGGACAGCAGCACAGAGUCAGCGGAGGCUGCGUGUGACAUCCUGUCUCAGCUGGUCAACUGCUCUCUGAAGACGCUUGGGCUGAUCUCCACUGCUCGGCCGAGCUUCAUGGAGCUGCCGAAGUCCCACUUCAUCUCUGCACUCACCGUGGUGUUUGUCAACUCCAAGUCUCUGUCGUCUCUGAAAAUUGACGACACGCCAGUGGAUGAUCCUUCGCUCAAGGUCCUGGUGGCCAACAACAGUGACACACUCAAGCUGCUGAAGAUGAGCAGCUGCCCUCAUGUUUCUCCUGCAGGUAUUCUGUGUGUGGCUGAUCAGUGUCACGGUCUGAGAGAGCUGGCUCUGAACUAUCACUUACUGAGCGACGAGCUGCUGCUGGCGCUGUCCUCCGAGAAGCACGUGCACCUCGAGCAUCUGCGCAUAGACGUGGUGAGCGAGAACCCCGGCCAGCAGUUCCACACCAUCAAGAAGAGCAGCUGGGACGCCAUGGUGCGCCAUUCGCCCAAAUUCAACCUGGUUAUGUACUUCUUCCUGUAUGAGGAUGAGUUUGGGCCCUUUUUCCGUGACGAGAUCCCCGUCACGCACCUGUACUUCGGCCGCUCGGUCAGUAAAGAGGUCCUGGGCCGCGUGGGCAUGAACUGUCCGCGUCUGGUGGAGCUGGUGGUCUGUGCCAACGGUCUGCGGCCGCUGGAUGAGGAGCUGAUCCGUAUCGCCGAGCGCUGCCAGCACCUGUCGGCCAUCGGACUGGGCGAGUGCGAGGUCUCCUGCAGCGCUUUCGUGGAGUUCGUGAAGAUGUGUGGCCGCCGUCUCUCCCAGCUCUCCAUCAUGGAGGAGGUGCUCAUCCCAGACCACAAAUACAGCCUGGAUGAGAUCCACUGGGAAGUGUCCAAGCACCUCGGGCGCGUCUGGUUUCCAGAUAUGAUGCCCACCUGGUGAAACCAGAAGACCGCGUAAGCCUUUGGUAAUAUGGACUCGAUGGCUUUCUGUGAGUUUCACAGUUUGAGAUGGAUAUUCCCACAGUGCUAUAAUGAAUGUGGACUGUUGUAAAGUGAUAGUUCACGCAGAAAUGAACAUCAUUUACUCACCCUUGAGUCCUUUCAAACAUGUAUGAUCUUCUUCUGUGGAUCUUGAAAGAAGAUAUUUUGAAGAAUGUUGAUAUCUGUUUUGGUGUCCAUUAACGUCAUUGUAUUGACACACACAUACACCAAAACAUUUCACGGAAGAAAGUCACACAGGUUUGUAGAAUGACAUGACAUGGCAUUUAUAUUAUUUUUCAAUGAACCAUUUCCCAUUAAGAUUUUUGCCAUAAAUAACAAUCAAGCAUUUUUUACCAAUAUAAUUAUUGUUUGACUUAUUAUUAGUCCCAUUAGAUACUCGUUACUGCAAUAAAGGAAUUGCAACAGCUCUAUUGAUAUUUAAUCUGCAUAAAGACAGUGCAACAAAACAUUUUCUUUAUAAAACUAAAUCAAAUAUUGCUGUACAUGGAAAAAAAUGUAUAUACUGUACAACAGAUUGUUUUGCAGGACAAAAAUGAUACAUUUAAUCUAGAAAGGAAACUGCAACAGGCCGCUGUUUCACUGCAGAUAGUCAUUAUUCAUGGUUUUCAAGGAAUAGGCUCUUUGUCUUUGUUGACAUCCUAAGCAGAUGCUUCACUAUUUCUUAGUCACUUAGUUCUGCUGUGCAUCUGUAUCUGUCUUCAGUGGCUCAACUUUUAAGCAACUAACCAUCCAUUUUUCCAAAUGCUUGUCUACAAGGACGUUGCAUCUGGGCUUUUGAUUAAUCUGGCCAAUCUGAACGCUGCUUUGUGGUGCAAGUUCUCACUAUGAAUCUCCAGCAGCUCUUAAUGGCAUGAAAAACCAUAACAAGGUUGUCCCUUGCCAACUAGUGGCCAAGGUUCACUAACCAACACAAAAAUAAAGAUAAAAGGAAGUGGGGUUGGGCUUUUGGUUUAUGUAGAUAGAUAAUUAACUAUAUUUUAUGUGAUUUGUAUAAUAUUACAGGUUUGGUAUUGCAGUGCUUUUGUACAAAGAUGUAUAGUGAAUAUUUUGCACCUUAUAUAUGUACCAAAUUGAAAUCUCUCUUUCUGGUGGUUUAAUUGCUCAUGUUUUGGUGUAGCAGGGUAUAAUAAAACAGCAUAUUUUCAAGGUUUGUCAGAGAGGAAGGGAAGGAAAGGAUCAGUGUUUGGCUGACAGCACACUUGUGUCCUCAGAUUUGGAAGAAUAUUGUUAAAGCACCUUAGGGAUACAAUGAAGCGUUGACUGGUUUCUAUUAGAUUGCAUGAAGAAUGUUGUGCAAUGAUGGGAUACGACCACAUAAUGAAUGAAUUAGUCUGGAUAUGUACGCAAUGCACGAUCUGGCUGCGUUAAAAUCCACCCCUUAAUUUCAGUUCAAUAUGAUUCAGUAUUGGAGUGAUGCAGUGAAAACAUUUUCCUUUAAGAAGGAAGUCCCACGUGUCUGUAUAUAAAAUGCUGUGUGUUUGAUAUAAAUAGAAAUGCUUAUUUCUCUGUGGAGGUUUGAAGUGUUUCUUUGCUGAUCUCUUUAAGAUGAGUGGGAAUUACUCUGUGAUGGUUCUUUGUACCCUUGGAUUAGAUUUAAUCAUUAUAAUUUAUUGAUAUACUUUUUCAUUAUUAAUAAUCAUCUUAUAUUGAUAGUUAAGCUUUAAGUGAGAUGCUCCUUGUUGAUUUAUAUGCAUAUUAUAUCAUUAGUCAAUAGUUUUUUUUUUUGUUUUUUCAUUUGUUUAACCGUUUCUAGAAUUAAAGCGGUUUUAUUUUUUGCAAAUUGUUGUAGUGACUAAAUUAAGGAAACUUAAGAUUCCUGCCAGCAUUUGAAAGUGAAAUAUUCUUUAAAAAAACGAUCAGAAAAGGGAAGUCACAGCCCAGUAGUUCACAUACAAAUUAAAAUACACGAGCUCUGCUUUAAUCAGCUGUGCAUAUCUUGCCAAUUUGAAACAAAAAGCUUUUUGUUAGACUAGCUUUUUUGGAUAUGCAAGCUGGAGUGAAUUACAUCAACAACUCGAUGCAAACCAGAGCACAGGAAAUGAGAAAAAAUGUACAAAUAGCAUCAAACCCAGUGCUUAUGUAUUUGAUUUUUUUUUUUCUGAAGCAAGUGAGCAUAUUGCUUGUAUUGCGAAUAUGAAAGCAUCACAUUUCAUUUUUGUGUUGUUGUACAAAAAAUGUAUAUAACAUUGUCUUUUAUUGAAAUAAGGGUGAAUAAACAUUGUGUGAAAACUUGG